AUGCAUGACAGAUCUCCACCUCGAGGAAAGAAGAUGAAGACUAAUGUGUAUUCCAUCGUCAUGGUCAUAGCUGUGCUAUGUAGACUCUCGUUUAUUGAAGGAUGUUUGGAAAUUGAUGCAUCUUUUAGCACACCAAGAGUGUCAAGUAGCUGGACACAAAUAACUCAUUUAAGGUCGGUAAAAUAUAUUUGACAAGGCGUUUUAGCAAACAGAAGCUAUAUGUAGGUUAAUAUAUAUCGGCAUGCUGUAUUAUUGAGAUAAGAAUCCCAACUUUAAACAAUUAAAACAAAAAACAUGCACAUAUGUAAGUGAGAAUUUUUAUGAUAAAAAAACAUGUUUAUUUAUCAUGUUUCAUUCGCUACACGGCCUACUCUGGUCUAAAUAAAUGAUUACAAAGUCCAGUCGAAUUGAAAUCAAGACCCAACGUUUCGACACUCCAGUUACUAGACUCAGGAUCAGGACAGGAUCUUUUUAAUAGUUAAUAGAGCGAGAUGAUCAAACUCUCGAUAUUUAUCCGUCCGUUCAUUUGUAUCGCUUUAUUUAACAGCUGCAGCAAUAAUCUGCAGACUUUUGGUGCGACGCAGUUUUCGGUAUUUUACUGUCUAUAAACGACAGAUCUAGACGAUUUUUUUCGUCAAAAAGAGAUUCUACGGUUAUGGCCUUAAAUAGUUAGACUACGGCCUCAAAUAGUUAUUAUAAAAUAGUUAGUUCCCCUAAGGCGCUAUAUAGUAACAUUAGAUUGCUCAAUUGUUUGUGUUCAUUCGUAUGCUUACUUUCAAGUCUAGUUUUUAAACUAAUUUCCAUAAUUUCGCUGCGGUUUCUUUGACAUAAUAUAAAAUAAUUAAUAGAUAAUUUCUUUGCAAUCUUUGUCAAGCUUUGCCUUCUUUGACAAAAAAACCCCAGAAUAGCCGCAGGCGAAAAUUUUGUUUUUACCCAUCGACUGAAACAGACAUUUUAUAGAAGUCGCCCGUCACAUUACUCUCAUUUAAUAGAGGUAUCCCAAAAAAGCAUCAACUUGUUGAAAAAUGUGGAACAAGCAGCAUCUUCAAUAUCAGAUAGCCUGCAUGAUAACAGGUUGAUAAACUAUGCAGUGUAAUAUAAAGUAAAUCAGGACAUUUCGUCUCCCAUCUCUGUAUUUCAGAUCCACAAUUACAAGUCCACAAACGACUGAUGUAAUCCCUAAACCAACCAAAGUAAGCCAUCAAUUGCAACCAACUACACUAAGCUCACAAUCAAGCAUAGUUAUUCGUCAGCCAGCCAACACAUCACCAACAGACGCAAGUCUACCAUCAACCGACACAACACCAUCGCUAACCGACACAAGCCGAUCACCAAGCGGCACAAGCACACCAGCAACGGACGCAAGCGCAUCACCAAUGCAGAAAAGCUCGUCGCCAACGGAUACAAGCACACGACCAACCAACGCAAGCCCAUCAACAACCGAGGCAAGCACACGACCAACCAACGCAAGCCCAUCACCAACCGAGGCAAGCACACGACCAACCAACGCAAGCCCAUCACCAACUGACGGAAGCACACCACCAACAAACGAAAGUCCACAACCAACAAAUGUAAGCUUACCAUCUACCAACACAAGCCCAAGCCCACAGCCAACAAAUGCAAGCACACCAUCAACAACCAUAGGAUAUUUAUGCGCAAAACCACCCAAAAAGAAACCAGUAAAAAAGGGCAACUGCUUCAAAGGUACGUACUAUUUACAAUGGCGAUAUACUAUAUGUAAUUUCUAUCUGCAAAAUUUGGACCUAAGACUUCACCUUAUAUACUCAUCAUUCCAGACCUAGCAUGUAGUGAUCUAUCUAAAUGUUAAAAUGUGAACUGAAAUGAAAAAAAUGAAAUUUGCUUCAUUUCCACGAUUUUCCAAGUACCAAAGAAUGCCGUUUACACACCGAGUUGUUUAUAGAUUUGUGAAUAUAUGUAAAUGAAACAUCUGUUAUUACUUUUGGAUGAAGAUCUUUGGGAUGAAGCAAAGUUAAUUUUUACUUCAUUUCCUCCUUAGCGUACAGAAAACUGGAUGCAGGGCGAAGAUUUUUUCAUGUUCUGUUAUUAGGUUUAGGGCUUAACUGUUAAUUUCCACGAUAUUAUAUACGGAGAAGGGGUGGUGGAGGGAGAGAGGUGUUCUAUACAUGGGCUAAGAGGUUACACAAGGAUAGUGAAAAGGUGGGAGAAAAAGUUUAAAACCAACAGCAUAACAACCAGGUUGGCAAAUCCACAAAAUAAAUCGAAUGCUUAAUACAUAUAUGUUACUCUGCCCAAACAUUUCAGUGAAUCGCGGGCAGUUAACGUUCGACGCAGAAGGAGAAAGAGAAGAAAGAGGAAGAGCGGUUAGGGUGCACACCCGAAUACUUCGUGUUCCGACUAACAUGUCUGGUUUAAACAUAGGACGGGGAUACGACAUGAAAGAUAAAGAUAAAGAUUGA